AUGAAAGAAAAAACGAAUAAACCGCGUAUCCUUUCCACGAAGGUUUUUACCUUCUUCCUCCUAGUUUGCACCGGGAAAUAUCCCCUUGAGUCAUCUACCUUUGGAAAAUCUCCCGACACGAAAUGCCACCCAAGGAAUGCACCAACCAUGCAAGUGAGUAGAAUACUAAUCGGAGAAACCCAGGUACAGUCCCCCCCGAUCUACCCCAGCUUAAAAGAAAAACUAAUUGACAUACUUGAUGAGAGAAACGAUGAUGUGUUCAGAAAACGAUUGAACGCCUUAAUACAAGAGGAAAAAUAUAAAAAGCAAUUCGAGUUCCUAUUUAAUGGCAACAAAUUCACGAAGGAUUUAUCCGACUUAGCCAUUAACCACGAAAAAUUAAAAGCGGCAGGUGUUCCAAAUGUUUCGAACUUUAAGAAUGAUCCCAGCUCGAACUUGGCAGAAGUCAUAAGCAAAUUUCCCUCCAUAGAUAUGAAAGAUCCCACACGAAUGCUCACUCACCCUAAUAGGAGAAGAACCCGCACGAAAGAUUCCCCCCCAAGAUAGAUGUUUCCCUCCCAAGAUAGGGAUGAGUCCGCAAGAAAGUCCUCCAAUCUAGACGAGUCCCGAAACAUAACCGAACUAUCCAAAUUCAAAAGAGAGAAUAAACCCUAUGACUUUGAAAGAGAAAAAAAAAAGGAAAAAUCACACGAUCUACCCUACUUGAACCAACCAACCAAAUCAGCAGAACAAACUAAGUCCUACCAAAAGGAUAAGUCCUACAUGGAAACACCAGAAAUUCGAAAAAUCCCCAAGAAAUCAGAUGAAUCCAACUUUGAUGAUAUGUUUAAAAAAUACUCAAGUCAACAAAAAAUGGAAACGGAAAAGAUGAAAAUUGAUAAUAAAAAGGGUUAUGAUGAUAAGUUCCCCAAGAAGUUUGACUCCCAGAAUGACAUGGACUUUAUUGCUCUGGAUGAUGCCUACAGAAAAAAAGGAUCCGAUCGAAAGGAAUACUUUGAUGAUAGGACUAAUUAUAAAGGUCGUGGCUACAACAUGGAUGAUGAUUAUGAAAUUGAUGAAGCAAAAAAUAUGAAGGAAAACCGUGACAAAGUUAUGCACCUCGAUGAGGACAGAAAUUUCAAAAGUUCAGAAGAGCACAGGUUAAAUGAACAUAAAUUCGAAAGAAAAAAUAAACAGCAAGGAAAAUCUACUUAUUAUGGAAAGGAAGAGAAUUACAAACCUAGAGACGAAUAUAUUUUACGAGAAGAAAAGAUCAGAGUUCCUCAUGAGGAUGAAAAAGAAUAUGGUAUGCCCGCAGACGGAUACGCAUUUAAAAAUGAAUACUCCGAUACGCAUCACUACGAUUAUGAUGAGAAAUUCGCACAAAAGAUUCCCUCCCAAGAUAGGGAUAAGCCUGCAAGAAAGCUCCCCAACCGAGACGAGUCCCAAAACAUAACCAAACUAUCCAAAUACGAGAGAGAGAACAAACCCUACGAUUUUGAAAGGGAAAAAAAAAGGAAAAAAGCACACGAUCAACCCAACUUGGACCAACCAACCAAAUCAGCAGAAAAGUCUAAGUCCCACAAAAAGGAUAGGGCCCACAAAAAGGAUAAGAACUACAAAAAGGAUAGGGCCCACAGAAAGGAUAGGUCCCACAGAAAGGAUAGGUCCCACAGAAAGGAUAAGGCCUACCAAAAGGAUAAGGACUACCAAAAGGAUAAGGACUACCAAAAGGAUAAGGACUACCAAAAGGAUAAGGACUACCAAAAGGAUAGGUCCUACCAAAAGGAUAAGGACUACCAAAAGGAUAAGGACUACCAAAAGGAUAGGUCCUACCAAAAGGAUAAGUCCUACCAAAAGGACAAGUAUGACCAAAAGGAUAAGUCCUACCAAAAAGAUAUGUCCUACAAGAAGGAUAAGUACUACAAGGAAAUAGCAGAAAUUCAAAAAAUCCCCAAGAAAUCAGAUGAAUCCAACUUUGAUGAUAAAUUUAAAAAAAGCUCAAGUCAAUACAAAAUGGAAACGGAAAAGAUGAAAAAUGUUAAUAAAAAGGGUUAUGGCGAUAAAUACCCCAAGAAUUUUGACUCCCAGAAUGACAUGGACUUUAUUGAUCUGGAUGAUGCUUACAGAAAAAAAGAAUCCGAUCGAAAGGAAUACUUCGAUGAUGAGAUUAAUUACAAAAGUCGUGGCUACAACAUGGAUGAUGAUUAUGAAAUUGAUGAAGCAAAAAAUAUUAAGGAAAACCAUGACAAAGUUGUGUACCUCGAUGAGGACGGAAAUUGCAUAAGUGCAGAAGAGUACAUGUUAAAUGAAUAUAAAUACGAAAGAAAAAAUAAACAGCAAGGAAAAUCUACUUAUUAUGGAAAGGAAGAUAAUUACAACCCUAGAGACGAAUAUAUUUUACGAGAAAAAAAGACCAGAGUUCCUCAUGAGGAUGAAAAAGAAUAUGGCAUGCCCACAGACGGAUACGCAUUUAAAAAUGAAUACUCCGAUACACAUAACUACGAUUAUAAAGAAGAAUCCUACGAAAUAAUAAACGAAAAUAAUGAAAAGGAAAAAGGAAAAGGAAAAGGAAAAGGAAAAGAAAAGGCAAAGGCAAAAGUGAAGCUACCAAUACUGUAUGAACAUUCUAAAAACGAAUCCAUAGAUUAUAAGUUUUCUAAAAAUGUUCAAAAGGGAAAUAGUAAAAACCAGAAAAAACCCAAAGACAAAUUCUUUGUAUGCGAGUUUAUUGAAAAAGUCGAUGCCAAGCUCGAUGAAGAAAUGGGACGCCACUUGAAGCCGACAGAAAAACAAAAUUACUCAGGUAGAAAACUAAAAGGGAUAAGAAAAUUUUUUUACCUUAUGAGCAAGUAUAGAGUGUUCGUCGGGCUUGGUGCGCUUGGAAUAGCUGCUCUGGUAUUUUUAUCAAUCCUUGCCUUGCUUUGGUUUAUGGUCCACGUAAGCUUCUGCAAUUACGCCGCUCACGCAAAAAAGCCAAAGAUGAACGAUUAA